CGAUCGUUGACUUCGGUGACCCAUAUGACCUCCCGUGCUGGCGCCCGCCCAACAGGCACUGAUGGUACCGACUUUCGCCACAGAGAGAAAGUAGCCAUGCAAUACAAUCAGGGGCCGCUGCUUAAACGCCGGAUCCGUGUUGUUUUUAUGCUUCACUUCGCGCUAUGGUUACUGAUGUUCGUUCGAUUAUUUCCCGAACUUUGCCUACGAUUUGGCUUCAAAACUCGUUCGCUCGUUGAGAAAUCUAACCUCUGGGAGUAUGUAUGGUGCUUCGGUAGCUUAGUGCCUACCGUUUUUGGAUAUCUUUCGCUGAACAAGAAUCGAGCUGGCCUAAUGCGCAUUGCGGUCACGGGUACUGUGGUUUUCGGCUUGGGUUCAGUAGUCGUUGGAUGUUUCCAGAAUGCGCUUGAACUACUCGAGUACUAUGGAACUCGCAAAGCUAGACAUUUUUUCUACGGUUUUCCACUUAUUGUGCUUAUUUACAUUUUCUUCUCACUCUGUGUCCAGGUGCACGGGUUUUCUGUGUAUUUUGGGUACAAACUCUACUCCCUAUGGUCGCAACACAGUGCGCGCAAGUCUCGAUAA